AUGUCAUAUGACCUGCACGGCCCUUGGGAGGGUAACGUCGAUCUGCACGGGAAGCUACACUCAACAAAAGGAGAAGUUGUCGGCGCUGGCAUCUACAACACUGAAUUUGCGGCCAAAUACUGGGCAGAGAAAGGUAUGCCGAAGGAAAAAAUCAUAAUAGGAAUCCCAACAUACGGCCAAGGAUGGACACUGAAAGACCCCUCAAAAACAGCAAUUGGAUCAGAAGGAAGUGGAAAAAGUGCACCGUCGACGACGAAUCCGGACGGUGGAACAGCUUCGUACUGGGAGGCAAGCGCUUUCACGCUAUUACCAUUGAUGCUCAAAGCCGUUGUUGUUGAUUUUAAUGAAUGCGUAAUCUGUGAUUAUUUAAAAGACGGUGGCAAAGAAACAAUAGACAAGGAAGGCGUUGGUGCCUACAUGGUGAAAGGGAACCAAUGGUAUGGAUACGACACUCCAGAAACUGUUAAAAUGAAGAUGGAUUGGCUGAAGCAAAAUGGUUAUGGAGGUGCUUUCAUCUGGUGCUUGGAUUUCGAUGACUUCAAAGGGGAAACGUGUGGCAAGGGUCCGUAUCCGAUAAUGAAAGCUAUCAAUGACGGACUCUCAGGAAGCGCACCGCUCUCUUCCGCUGUGAGUGUCGUUUUGCAUUUAUAA